UGUCGUCAAGACAACCCGGAACUUCAUGUGCAGGUGAAGCCGUUGUAUAAGUGACCCUGCUUGCCUGGUUAUAAGAUAAUAGCCAUCUCUGAAAAGACGCAAUUGUUAUAAAGUCGACGUUAGCAGAUCAAAGUGUGAGAGUUUUGUAUUUGAAUAGCAAUUCGGUCAUGCCGACGUCUCCUGUAAAAGUGCGCAUCCCCCUCACUAGCUUUGGGCACCUGAUAACAGAGGUGAAGAAGCAACUCUUUGGCAUCGAGGCCCCUGCUGCUGACAAGCUGACUGGUUUGAGGAAGUACUUUAACAGCUACACCAUACAGGGUCGCCGAAAUUGUGUCUUGGCUACUUACAGCGUCUUAGCUGUAACAGUGAUGGCCUAUUUCAUGCACAGACAAACCAAACAAGAAGCUCAGAGUGACUCCACCGCAUAAAAAAAGCACAUUUAAUGUGAGGAAAAAUAAAAUGGUGUUGAAUAAUA